UUCAAAAGUCAGGGCGGUUUUCAAGCCUUUCGUCGGGAUUCUUUGUUUUCGAUUUAUUUUCUUAAUUUAUUUAAACAAGAUAUGAUAUGAAGAUAUAAAACAAUAAUAUCUUCUUUGAUAUUUGAGAUGAUCUGCUACUUUCGUUUAAUCAAGUCUAUGUAACUCUACAAACUAUAUUAAAAUUACCAAAAAGGACAAAAGAAUUUAUGUAUAUACUUUGUGUGGUGUAUGUAUGAGAGAUGGAUACCAUAGAUCAAAUAAAUUUUUCGGAGCUGCGAGAUGCAGAAAUUGUGGCACGCAUGCGUCAGUGUAAUUACGAAAAAUUUAAAACAUUGGUGCGCAUGCAUUUGUCAUUUGAGUUGGACUUGAAUACAGAUGAUCCCAUUUUAUUUCGAUGUUCUUUCUAUCCAUAUAGAUUUGAUUUGCCCUGCCAUGAAAUUGUUUACGAAGAUAAAGGCAAAGUUCGUAAAUGGAAUCGCUUGAGUAGAAAGCACAAACAUGGCGCUGUUGUUGCUGCCUUGACUUCAGGUUCAACAGGUUGUGCUGCCGCAGUUGGCAUAAAGGGAUCCGGUUCAAGCGGUCAUAUAAAUAGUGGUGGCAGUAGUCCAACGGAAAACCUAAAUCCACAGAUUGAUUCAGGGUUUCUAUUUCAUCUGCAAGAAUUAAAAGAAUUUCUAAUGCUGGAGAAAAAUCUCCAACAAGAGGGAAUUUUUCGCAAAGCAGGCUCAGCCUCUAGACAAAAUGAGCUACGAAUGCAAAUACAGAAUGACAAACCGCUUGAUUUAGAAGCCAGUGGCUAUUCUGCCCACGAUUGUGCUACCGUGUUUAAAGGUUAUUUGGCAGAUUUAGGCGAACCUUUGCUUACGGACGCCCACUAUCCUGCGCAUUUGCAAAUAGCCCCCCUAUGUUUGGGACUGAAUCUGCAAAUGGAUGAAGAUGGCAGCAUAAAUGGAAAUAAAUCGAUUUCCUCCAUAUCAGGAGAACGUCUAAAAAAGGAAUUGCAUGUCCUAAAUUCUAUACAAUUACUACUGCUGCUUUUGCCCAAUGAAAAUCGACAAUUGCUGCAACACAUAACCGACAUUUUACAUGCGGUGGCCUUAAAACAAGCAUCAAAUAAAAUGGGUCCCGAUAACUUAGCCACCCUUUUUGCUCCACAUUUGAUUUGUCCUCGGAAUCUGCCACCGGAGGCAUUACACUAUUUGGCAAGAAAAAUGUCCAGUAUUAUAUCGUAUAUGGUUAUAAGGGCACAUGAAAUCUUUAAUGUACCUGCCAAAUUGGCCACAGAUAUACGUGCCUAUUUUCUGGAGAGAAAACGUAAGAAAACCAUGUCACCUGAAAUGACACUGGAUGAAUCCAUAUCGGAUAUAUCAACAGUGAAUACGGUGUAUACGUUUGUUGAUCGUGAAAAAACCGCUGCAGCACAUAAUACCAACACAACCGACACAGAACUAGCGCAAUUGUAUGCUCACAUACAAUCGAUGCCGGAAUCAUCGAAAAAACGUCGACUAAUUAAACAGUUUAAUAAGCAAAAUGGCCAAGGUACUCCCUUGCAGCUACAAGCCAUGAAUCGUUUGAAAACCACCGAAAAUGCACGAAGUUCCAAGUCACUGAGUGAUUCAAUUAAGAAACACAUUUUCCAUAAGGGUAUAAUGUCUCGUACACCAAAAAGACAACCAGUGCCUCCCACAGUACUUGAGACUCCGAAUAAUUCCAGCAUGAAACAACACAAACAAAGAGUACUUUUUCAAAGUCCCAAUCCACAAGCAAUUGCCUCAAAUUCCACCAUUAUAUCAUUAUCGUCAUCUUCAACAACAACAUCAUCGUCUUCUUGGUCAAUAACUAAUUCCACAAAAUCUGCUAACCUCACUCCAUACAUUAUUAAGUCACAUCCUUUGCAAAAAUCCAUAUCCUCAUCUUCAUUACUAAUGAGUCAACAACAAAUAUCACAUCCGCAUAACAUUAAUGCUAACAACGGUGAGGAUCAAGAGAGCUCUUCAUCUUCAAAUGCAUCGGCAUGCACGACUAACGUUGGUCACUCAGCACUGUUGCAACAACAGGGCAGCAAUAGUAGUGAUGGUUAUGCUUACACAACUAAAUCGGUUUCGGCUCCAGUUAGUCGUCAAACAUCUUCAGACUUACAACAUCACCUUAACACAUCCAUAACAUCUGGCACUUCAUCUUUGUCUUCGGGCACAUCUGCUAAUAACCCCUUGGACCCAAAUUGUUGUGUAACACCUUUGAAAUUAAUUUCGGAAGCAGCAAAGCAUUUAAUUGUGGGUGCAGACAAAAAAUCGGUGGCUUGGGACGAUGCUCAUUUGAUUGAAAUUGAACGUAUUUCGAAUCCCUCAACACCAUUGCAACAAACACCCUCUAAUGAUUUAAAAUCUCGUUACAAGUCAGAGCCAAACUUAAGUUUGUCCCAUAAUAUUUGUGAAACUCCAAGCUCCUCAACAUCACUUGCCCACGAUAUGAUCACUCCCAUAACUAAACUAAUGCCAGGAAAAUAUAUAACACGCAAACUAAUGAAGGGUGUUAGCAUGGGUAACUUGAGAUUUCCCUUUAGUACACCAGAAUCCACAAAACGUUUAGUAAGAACAGUGUCAUCAUCAUUGAAGCGACGCUCUAGCGAAGAUUCACAAAUAUUCCAACAGAUUGAAGGUAGUUUUGCAGGUGCUGCCAAAUCCGACAAUGCUCCACUGUUGCAAGAUAUGGAUGAUGAGGAUUUAGAGGAGGCGACAUUUGAAGAUGAGCCAGUCAGGGAAGGCGAGGUAGGGCCCGUAGCAGAGUAUCAUCAUGGCACUGGUAGUAGCUCGUCGGAAUUGUCGACUUUCACGGGGGGCUCUGCUUCAUAUCAACAGCUUUUGCUGCAACAAAGUGGUAUCUAUCGUAAUCUGGAUUUGGUCACGAGCACACCAUCACUGCUAUUGGGACGUAGAUCCAUGUCGCCCAUUACCAAGUCAACACAACGCAUGCCCAAAGCUAUGCAGGAAUCUAUAAUGACACCACGUUCUCGCAAACCAGUAAUGGUAUUAACGACCGAUCAAAAUCAAACCAUCAAUCAAACCACCGAUAUGUCUGAUUUUCCCGAACAUGAGGAGGAGGAGGAAGACAAUGUGGAUGUUGAGGAUGCAGUUGAGGAUGAAUGUGUUUUAGUAGAAAAUUCGAUUUUGGGCAUUGGGAUUACAGUCACUAAUAAUCCCCCUCAUUCGGAGGUCAUCAAUGAAGAUGCCACCUCUUUGGGCGGCUAUUCGGAUAUAUUUAAACGUCAACAAUUGCUACAGGCCAAUCGUAAUUAUAUAACACCUCAAAACCCUGCCAAUGUGGAUUUAAAUCUGGAAGAUUCUUCAUCCCAUGAGAAUAGUUGUAAAAUAAGCAAGGAGGAACAACAGCAAGGACCAGAUGUUUUGAGUGCGCACUUCAAGAAAUAUUUACUCAAACGUAGUGUACUUGCUACUCCACCAGAAGAUGCUUCAUUUACCAGUCAUUCAGAUGAUUUUGAAAGCUCUCGCGAAAUCGAUGAUAUGGAUGAGAACAGACUUAGUUCUAGUUUAUUAUACUGUCUCGAUGGCAAUAGACCCGAAAGUGAUGAUAAUGAGGACAAUGAUGAAACGACCACCGAAACCAAUGAUAAUGAAAAUACCAAUUCCAGUAAUGGUAACGAAGAAGACCUGGAAGAGGGUGCAAUGGAAGAUAUUGUACAACAAAAUAUACAUCAAAAACUGAAAAGUAAUGUGACAACUACUGCCAGUUGCAGUACACAUUUAUGCUCAGCCACAAAUCGUUUAGCCAACAAUCCCUUUGUUAUACUUAACAAUGCACGAAAGCGUGCAGCUUCCAAUGAUAUUGAAAAAAUGUCUUCAAUACUGUUCAACAGUCAACAACCGUCACAUGGUUUGUAUCAAGAUGUGCAAACUAAUGAUAAAGCGGCAAAAGUUAUGUCCAACAACAUGAAGUCGUCUAGCAAGGGCCUACAUAAAUUUGCCAACAAAGAGAAUUGUGAGCACAAUGAGAAUUAUGUGGCCAAUAAAAAAUUAUUAAUCAGCGAAUAUCCUGGCGAGACCUCAUUUUAGGAUACUUAGUUUUAGGAAGUUUGGCAUGCACACAUUAUAUAUAUAAAAAAUCGAUUAUUAACCGUUGUACGGUUAGAAACUUUUUUUAACGUUUUAUAUAGGUCUUCCCCGAAAAGACACUUUUUAGCGAGUUAUGUUCUAGUUUUAGUUUUUUCUUGCUAUUAUGCAUUUUUCUAAUUGAAUCUUUAAUCCACAUAAAGUAAUUUAUAUUCUCUGACAACAAAAAUUAUAAUUUUCAACAAAAAAAUUAAAAUCAUAAUUGCUUGUGCUUUGUUUUUUAUUGUAUAACAUUAUUUUUUUCCACAACAUUCAAUUAAAAACAGAUUUUAAACGAUCCGAUUAUAAAAUUUUGCAUAUAUUUCUUUGAACAAUUGCGAUUUCGACAUAUCCGAGUAUUAUUCUAAGAAAAUAAUUUACACAUA